AUGACCGUAUCCCACAACUCCAGUCCUCCUACGCGUUGCCCGUUUGCUUCUGAGGCCGUGGAAAAGGACAUAGCACGCUUCACAACGACGCUUCCAAAUGGCGAAGAUGGCGUCCAUGACAAUACCGGGAACACUGAACAUGACAGUGAUCUAUCUGGCCCUUCCGAAAAAGGCGUAUUCCAGCGCUAUAUCAACCAACUCGCCAUCAACAACUUCGGCUUCACACUUCAAGUCGCAUGGGAAGCCGUGGGUCUCUCAUUUCAGCUUGCGUGGCCGAACGGGGGUCCUGCGGCUCUGGUCUAUGGAUCCAUGAUUGCUGGCAUUGAUUCUACUUUAGUAGCGUUGGCUUUGGGAGAGAUGGCUUCCAUGGAUCCCACCGUCGGCGCACAGUAUAGAUGGUCAGCACGUUUCGCGCCGUUUGCGCCUGAGUUCUGGGGGUUCAUACAGGGUCGGGAAGGUUGGAUUACAGUCAUCGCUUGGGUGUGCAGCUGUGCGGGUGCCUUCUCCUUCAUGUCCAACACGCUAUCCGGAUUGAUCAUCUUCAACAGUCCAAGCUAUGAGCCCCAGCCAUGGCAUUCGACGGUGUUCCUCAUCGCGUUCCUUGUUGUUCCGUUGGUACUCAAUCUCUAUCUGAGGCAGAUUAUCAAUUAUCUGGAAACAGUCGGCGGUAUCUUUCACGUCGUCUUGUUUGUGGCGGUUGUUAUGACACUUUGUACACUGGCCAAGCACAGUACACCCACAUAUGUCUUCAAAACUCUGCAUACAGAUGCGGGAUGGGUGAAUCCACGCGUCGCUUUCUCGAUUGGUAUGCUUGCAACCGCAUACCCGAUUAGUAGCUUUGACGGUGUCCUUCACAUGAUCGAAGAGACAAAAGAGCCUUGCAGACGGGUGCCCAAGGCCAUGGUCUUAGCAACUAUCCUCAACGCCGUUAUGAUGAUUGCGUUUUGUAUCUGUCUGAUGUUCUGCAUCGGAGACGAAACAGCCGUCGCAAAAUCAAUCCUACCCAUCACAGAAGUCUUUUACUCUGCCACAGGAUCAAAACCAGCUUCCACCGUCAUGACAGCACUAAUGGGCUUCCAGCUCAUGAUAGGCAACUUCAACAUCGUCGCAUCCGUUGCCAGGUUAGUCUGGCGUUUCGCAUCCGACAAAGGUCUUCCUUUUCACCAGCAUUUCACCUACAUCCAUCCAAAACUCCAAGUGCCAAUACCCGCACUCCUCCUCGUUGGAAUUAUCUGCUGCCUCCUCUCCCUCAUCAGCCUCAGCUCAACAACAGCCCUCAACUCGCUCAUCUCGCUGCCCACAAUCGCAUUAUAUGUAUCCUACCUCGUUCCUAUCAUACUUCUUACGCUACGCCAGCUUGUCAGGAGACACCCGAAAUACGGACCCUUCCAAUUUGGUAAAUGGAGCGUUCCAAUUAAGCUGUGUGCCAUGGUUUAUCUAGUAUAUGUCAUGAUUUUUGUUGCUUUUCCGGCGUCUAGGCCGGUGACGAGUUUGACUCUGAAUUAUGCGCCGCCUGUUCUUCUAGGUUUUCUUUUCAUCGCAAUGGUGGAUUGGUUUGUGAGGGCGAAACGGAAGUUUGAGGUACCUACUGCUGCGCUGGAAUAUGCGGAGGAUGAGAGGUGGGAGUAG